AUGAAGCUUACAAUUUCUACCUGCCUCCUAUUCGUCGCUCCUAUUGCCUGUAAAUGGAACGUCGGUUGCGAUUGUGCUUCUGACAACAUGGACGCGGCUACCCUUAGAGUCGAGCAGUGCUGCCCUACCAAACGUUAUGGUGGAAAGGUGACACAGGGAGACAAGCGUCUCGGCAACUACCGGUACUGCAGCUGGGAUGUGGCUACAGAACAAGAAUCAGUAAAUCUGUUGAAUUCAAUCCAGUCUGAUUGGGACACGUGCUCUCUACUUGUGUUUGCGUGA